CUCUGCAUUAUUGGAUUACAUACAGGACUAGAUAUGAGAAUUCAUAUUAUGAUCAUCGUGAUUGAACUCCUUAUUUUGAACUAUAUUGUAUGUGGAGUGACAGCAAAAGGAGACUGGGAACUUGUUUUCCAUGCUCUGAGCGGGAAAGGGGAAAAUGUCAUGAAGACGUGGCAAACAAAGUUUAAGAAAGAAUGUGAUAUCUUAAACUUAAACAGCUGUCCUUGUUCCGUUAAAGAUGGUUGCCUACCGUUGUCUUAUAGAUGGGAAACAGCAAAAGAUCAAUGUCCAAAAAUCCUAAGAAGUAUCAAAGUUGACUUCUGGGAAUGUCUCAAUAUUCAAAAGGUAAAGGUUGAACUAAUUUCUAAAGAGAAGACUGUGGCAUUUGUCGAAUUUGAUGGAAAAGGCUCCACUUACAUGAACUGGUUCCAUAAAAGCAGAGUACAAAAAAGCAGCUGGCCUGAUAUGCGAAAAGGAGGACGAUUUAAUUUUUUUUCUCUCAACAAGGAAGCUCGCCAUGGAAGACAUUUCUUCAUUAGCAAGUUAUAUCAUGGGUGUCCUGGAGAUUCGGGAUGGUUUGUUGUUAUGGAUGCCUCGGGAUCCAAACCCUGCCGCUGGGAAAAACAGAAUUCCUACCCUCAAUUUCUAUACAGUAAAGAUGGAAAAGUUAUAAAAUGGCAAAAUAUGAAGUAUGGACGAGCUGAAGUUUUAAACAUCUAUAUAAAGAGAGCUUAAAGACUCUAAGACCCAUGUUGCUGAUUAUGCAAUAUUGUAAAUAAA